GCUAAAAAAAUAAGAAGAAGACGACAAAAGCAUGGUGUGUUUCUGUUUUCUGGUUGAUCAGACGAAGGAGGUGAGCAAAAGUAAGCCGGCCGCAGGGUUUUGCUCGAGGUGCGGUGGAGGGGCCAGUGUGGCUGAUAUGAAGACUCGUACCAGGUUUUGCUACGUGCCGUUUUACUGGAAAUCUUGGAAGGCAAUUGUCUGCACUUUUUGUGGAGCGAUUCUUCGAUCUUACCGUUGAAUU